UCUGCUCGACGCUCGUGCCCUUUCCAAACGGGCCUGCGCCAUGUCCCAACACAAAAUUCGAAACUCGAACAACUCGCGAAUAUAACCAUAAAGAAUAUAGACUUUAUUAGUGCGUGUAACUGUCAAUAAAAACUUUUUUUUUAUAUGUUGGAAAAUUAUUUAUUGUGUUAUCUGUGACGUGUUUGACUGUUUAAACUUUUAAUUGAAAUACUUGUUUAAUUUUUUUCCGCGUCUUUUAGUUACAUUGGCGGAUUUGUGCAGUGAUUUUUAUCUGGAUCAGUUAAAAAGUUUUUCUUGAUCGUUUGUGUGGGUGAUUCACUGAGUGAAUAGUGAAUGUGACUGGCGAUGACAAUUUAAAGAGAACCGCUCGCCUAAUGAAGAUAAGUGGUACAGAAGUGUGUUCUCUCUAAUGAUGUGAAAAAAUAUAAACUAUCGUGAUGUGGCUCGCGGCGUUGGUGUAUUUUUUCUGUCAUUUAGGUAUUUCAGCGGGCGGGGGCGGUGACACCAGCGAAGAGAUCACGACCAGCACGAUAGACUUCGCGUUGAACGUCACAUCGACCACCGAGAGCGUCGCCCAGCCCUACUUCGACAAUGCAACUAAACGAGAUUAUACUGCAGCAGUUGGACAGCCCGCGUACCUACAUUGUCGUGUGAAGAACCUUGGUGAUCGAGCGGUAUCAUGGAUACGCAAACGUGACCUUCAUAUCCUCACAGUGGGUGUUCAUACGUACAGCAGUGACGCUCGCUUCGCAGCACUGCACACAGACAAUUCUGACGAAUGGACCUUGAGAGUUGCACCAGCCCAACCACGAGACUCCGGCUCCUAUGAGUGUCAAGUCUCUACUGAGCCUAAAAUCAGUCUCUCAUUUAGACUUACUGUUGUUGUAUCAAAAGCAGAAAUACUCUCCGGACCAGAACUAUUUGUGAGAGCAGGUUCUGACAUCAAUCUCACUUGCAUUGCCAGACAUGCUCCAGAUCCACCGAGUUUCAUCUACUGGUAUCGAGGAUCAAACGUAGUGAACUACGCUCAGCGCGGUGGUAUCAGCGUAGAAACAGAACAGCGCACGCGAACUAGUCGCUUGCUCAUUGCACGAGCAUCACCGAGAGACUCCGGCAACUACACCUGCGCGCCGAGCAGCUCCGAUUCGGCGUCGGUUGUGGUGCAUGUGGUGAGUGGGGAGCGGCCGGCGGCCAUGCAGAGCGACUCCCAGAGACUGUCACCUAUACCACUGCUCAUCCUUCUUUCAAUCAGAAGUCAAUUGAAAUCAUUCCUCACAUCAAUCAUGCUGUACAUUUUACUUAUGUCUCAACAUACUUCGACUAAUUAUUUAAAGUAUAUCAGAUUUUUGUGGAACAAUUACUGUAUUAGAAGAUUUGUAACGAGAUGACCAGCUCUAGUAAAUGUUGGUAAUGUUGCAUGAAAUGCACAGCACAAACAUUUUAAAUAUAGAAUUUUUAAUUAGUAUUAAGUCUAACUGACGUAUAAAGAAACGAAUUAUGAUGAUAAGUAUCUCUCUUUGUCUAGUUGUUUUCUUAAUCAUUAUAAAAUUUAAUGUUACUUAUGCUUACAACUAAGUAUCAGAAAUGGCAAUUGACUAAUAUAUUAUUAUUUUCCAAUUUAGGAGAUCGACUUAAAAGGUCAUCGUACUAUCACACUUUAUUAAUUACGUUAAUUUGAGUAAGACCGCGCUGGCGCCGUAACGCUACACUUGCGCAGUAUUUGCACGGCGCAUAAGUUUAUCGAACACCUACCCUGGACAAACGCUAGUGCGAAGGCACUCUACGAUUUAGUAGGACAUCAAAUAUUUUUUUAAAGUAUAUUUUUUAGAGUUGAAUGUACGUAACGACGUAAAAUAAACUGAAAACCAUAAUUAUUCUAAGUUUACAACGUAUUAAGUUCCGAUAUGGUAUGUCGUACCCUUAGGUACACUUGGUAAAUAAGCAUAAGUAACAUUAAAACCUUUUUUAACUUCAGUUAAAAAAAUCGGUUUUUAUUUUCAAACUACGUAAU